AUGCCUCAAGAUCCAAACUUGUACUCGCAGCGGCCAGCCAAGAAGCAGAAGCGGGGUACGGCCCUUUCAACGUCUCUAGACUUCAAGGCCCAGCUCUCAUCACUCGUGUCCAACGCAAGCUCUUCCGGUACGACAUCCGGACGGGCUAGGCCAUCCAAGGCGCCCAAGGACGACAUCUUUCGUCAUAAGCCUAAGCAAGCUGAGAAAGGUGACACGAACAAGCUGGUGCUCAAGGAGGUAGCAGGCACGGAAGAGGAAGCGGAGCAACUCGCACGCGCAAAGCGCAAGCUGGAGGACAAGGCGAGGCGGUACGCGGCAAUGAAGCGCGGGGACUACGUUCCCGGCGAGAAUGAAGCAGAACCGCUAGUGGACUUUGAUCGGAAGUGGACGGAAGGCAGAGAGGACAAAGACGGGUAUGCGUCGACGACCAGCUCCGACAGCGACGAAGACGAAACGGCCGACGAGAUCAUCGAAUGGGACGACGAGUUUGGGAGGCGCCGGCGCGGCACGAGAGCCGAGAAGGAGAAGAUGGAGCGGAGGGCACGGCGAGGCCUGCUCGGGGCCGAGGAGCUGGAGCGCAUGUCAGCACGGCCAGCGGCGCCGAGCCAGCUCAUCUACGGCGACGCGAUCCAGUCCAUGGCAUUCAACCCCGACGACCCAGACAAAAUGGAGGAACUGGCACAGAAGCGCGACCGGAGCGCCACGCCGCCCGAGAUGAAGCACUACGACGCGGACAGAGAGAUCCGGACCAAGGGCGUCGGGUUUUACAAGUUCAGCAAGGACGAGGAGGGUCGGAAGCGGGAGUUUGCGUCGCUCGAAGAGGAGAGGAAGCGGACGGAGCAGGAACGCAAGGCGCGCGAAGACCAGAAGGAGGCGCGCCGACGGGAGAUUGAGCAGCGGCGGCGAGACAUGGGGGCCAGACGGGCGAAACGCCAGGCGGACAGUUUCCUCGACGGGCUGACGGACGGCUGA